AUGGCUGGCAUUGAGGAGUUUCUGCCCAAAUUGGGCUUUCCCUGUCGAAAGCUUUCGUCAAACAAAUCGAACUACAGCCGAAAGGCUACAGGAUAUAGGCAAGCUUGUCGAGAAAACGCUAUAACGAACGCAGAAAUUCGAAGGCUUCACACCGUUUUGGGCAAAGGUGGAUAUACGCAUUCCCCCACUCAAGUUCAGAAAAGGGAAAUCGACAUAUCUUCAUUUACGAUAUGUAAAUGGCCGUCUGUCAAGUUCAAACUGGAGAUACCAAGGGCAGAGUUACAGAGAAUAACAACAACUCUGCCACUCCUUAGGGUAAGAAUUAUAAAAUCAACACCCGGAGCAGUAGCAAGAACAGGAGAUCGAAGCCUUGAACGAAACUGCCCUCGUGCCGUCGGCACUGAACUGGCUGACAAGAUAUCAACGCAGCUGCGUGCCAACAACAGCAGUUUCCGCUUAUGCUCCCCUCCCGACCACACUCCCCUUGACCUAGGCCCCUCUGGAUAUAUCCUCUUCCACCCGAUCCUCCCUGUGCUCCAAGCAACUGUGCAGAAACGAAGAUGGAUAAACAAAACGAAGGGAAUGAGGAACCCAGACGGCGUGCAAUUCACCGCAACCACCUUCAAGGUCGCAGCUGCGCUAUUCCGACCAAUAAUACUAACCGUGGCCAACAGCGCAUGA